AUGGAGCUGCCAUCGCAGCCUAAUCUGAGAGUGACGAUCAUCGCGGCAGAUGGCCUGUACAAGCGAGAUGUCUUCCGAUUCCCGGACCCAUUCGCCGUCGCUACCAUCAGUGGCGAACAGACGAGGACAACGGGUGUUAUCAAGAAAACGUUGAAUCCGUACUGGAAUGAGGCCUUUGACAUGCGCGUGACCGAAGAGAGCAUCCUCGCUGUUCAGAUCUUCGACCAAAAGAAGUUCAAGAAGAAGGAUCAGGGCUUCCUCGGCGUGGUCAAUGUCCGCAUUGGCAGUGUUAUUGACAUGGACGCCGGCGGAGAAGAAAUGAUCACACGAGACCUCCGCAAGUCCAACGAUAACCUGGUCGUGAACGGCAAGCUGAUCUUGAACCUCUCGACGAACCUCCGAGCACCGAUCGCGAACGGUAACCAAGCGAGCAACUCGAGGCCAGCGGGCUCCUCCGCAGGACCAUCUACCAAUGGCGCCCACACCCCUUCGACGCCCGUUGGCGCGCAGUCAAGUGCAUCGCUUGCUACUCCUUCUGUGAGCACACCAGGAUCUGCUGCCGUGACUCGUCAGAACGCUGCAUCCGCCGCACCGAACGCCGCACCCGCUGUUAAUGGCAAUGGGGCGCCACCGCCGGGCAGAAAUCAGUCUGGGUUCAGCGCAUUCGAGGAUGCUCAAGGGAGAUUGCCGAAUGGCUGGGAAAGACGCGAGGACAAUCUUGGCCGGACAUACUACGUGGACCACAACAGCAGACAGACGACCUGGAUCAGACCAACGGCCAACUUCAACGCUGGCGAACAAGCUGCGCAACUUCAACAACAGCAGAAUGUGGAACGAUCGAGACAUCAGGCUCGUAUGCUUCCCGAAGAUCGCACCGGGGCCAAUUCGCCUACACUGUCCGAUCGCAAUUCGCCUUCUCACACUCCAAGUGUAUCUGGUGCUAACAACGCCAGCGCUGCUCAAAUGGUGGCUACUGGUGCUACGACUGCUGGCUCUGGCGAACUUCCAGCUGGCUGGGAGCAGCGUCACACGCCUGAAGGUCGAGCAUACUUCGUCGACCAUAACACGCGCACAACCACAUGGGUCGACCCCAGGCGGCAGCAGUACAUAAGGAUGUACGGCCAAAGCGCUGCGGGCAACAGUACGAUUCAACAACAGCCAGUCUCGCAGCUUGGACCUCUACCUAGCGGGUGGGAAAUGCGGCUGACCAACACUGCGCGGGUAUACUUUGUGGACCAUAACACGAAGACCACAACAUGGGACGACCCGCGAUUGCCCUCUUCCUUGGACCAGAAUGUACCGCAGUACAAGCGUGAUUUCCGAAGGAAGCUUAUCUACUUCCGAUCACAACCUGCGCUGCGCAUACUAUCUGGACAGUGUCAUGUCAAGGUUCGCCGCACGCAUAUCUUCGAGGACAGUUACGCGGAGAUCAUGCGUCAAAGUCCGAACGACCUGAAGAAACGCCUCAUGAUCAAGUUCGAUGGCGAGGAUGGUCUCGACUACGGUGGUCUUUCGAGAGAAUUCUUCUUCCUACUCUCUCACGAGAUGUUCAACCCAUUCUACUGCUUGUUUGAGUACUCGGCACACGACAACUACACCUUGCAGAUUAACCCACACUCCGGUAUCAAUCCUGAGCAUCUUGGCUACUUCAAGUUCAUUGGACGCGUGGUAGGAUUGGCCAUCUUCCACAGGAGAUUUUUGGACGCAUUCUUCAUCGGUGCCUUUUAUAAAAUGAUCUUAAAGAAGAAGGUCAACCUUGCCGAUAUGGAAGGAGUCGAUGCAGAGUUCCACCGCACUCUCACUUGGGCCAAGGAGAAUGACAUCACGGACGUCAUUUACAGCACUUUCUCUGUCGAAGACGAGCGAUUUGGUGAGAAGGUCACCGUCGACCUCAAGCCUGGAGGUCGAGACAUUGAAGUCACCAACGAGAACAAGGAGGAGUACAUUGAACUCAUCACGGAAUGGCGAAUUCAGAAGCGAGUUGAGGAGCAGUUCAAUGCCUUUGUCGCUGGCUUCCACGAGUUGAUUCCGGCAGAUCUGGUCAACGUCUUCGACGAGCGAGAACUGGAAUUGCUCAUUGGAGGUAUCGCAGACAUCGACGUCGAUGACUGGAAGAAGCACACCGACUACCGAGGAUACACGGAGAACGAUGUGGUCAUUCAGAACUUCUGGAAGUGCAUUCGCAGCUGGGACGCAGAACAGAAGUCCCGUCUCUUGCAGUUCGCAACGGGUACAUCUCGUAUUCCCGUCAACGGCUUCAAGGACCUGCAGGGUUCAGAUGGACCUCGCCGCUUCACAAUCGAAAAGUCCGGAGAGGAAGCACAACUUCCCAAAUCGCACACAUGUUUCAACAGGCUGGACCUACCGCCCUACAAAUCGUACGAUGCGCUCACUCAAAAGCUUACGUGGGCUGUGGAGGAGACUGUUGGAUUCGGACAGGAGUAG